AUUGCUCUGCUUUCCACUGUCCCAAUGCCCCUACGUAUUUUAAACACAACUCCUCAUGGUCUUAAAUCCAAUUAUUAGGGCAUAUUCUCGCCUAAAACGAAAGAACAUAGAUAAAUGGUACAUCACACAACCACAACUUGCCACAUAUAGUAACCAAGCAGAAAGCCACAAUCACUCCACGUGUCAUGAUCUCGCAGCAUAGAUUUGGAUCCUACUGACGACGCGGAAGCAGAUAAUAUUUUCCGGAGUGGAUGUGCAGCUCUGUCCGGUGCCCAAGCCACAUGCCACUUGGUGACUUGGGCACUCCUCUCGCCUGUGAAAUCUCUCCUGCUCUUUGCUGUUCUUCAAUUUCUCAAUCUCACUAAGAGAUUUGUACAUACGAGGACCUUCUCUCUCUCUCUCUCUCUCCUUGUAUCUAGGGUUUCAGAUUCUGUCAGAGAGAUAGAGGUUCGAUUCUCUGAAGUUCUUGAAUUGGAGUUUGAAGUUUGAUUCUGCUUUGUUUGAGUAUCUUUGAUUGGGGUCUUUGAAUUUGGGUUAACUGAUUUGAUCCAGUUUAGUUCGUAUUUGAAAGUCGGAGUUUUCGACGAGAGAUCUGUGAUUGUUCGAAGAUUUGCUCUUAAAUUGAUCUAGUUUAGCAUUUGAUUGGUGCUAUUAAGAUUGAUUUUCGUUCGCGAUGGUCACGGAUCCGCGUUCGAGUAUUUUCUUCGCAGUUUGACGAGUCGAGUAGACUGAUAAGACUUUAUUAAGCUAAGCUGGCUUUUAAGGCCAGAGUGGGAGAUUUAGAUGUUAUGCGGCAGUUGCAUAAGGAGUGUAAUACUGCGAGCUGGGAAUAUUGGGAGAUUAGCUGAGGGAGUCUUGCCAUUGGGCGUUGUCAAGAGAAGUUCACAUGCAAUUCUUGGGUUGAAAGAUCUGUGGAAUCAUAAGUUUUGGACAGGAGUAAGGAUGAUGGUUGAUACAGGCUCGAUGGACAAACAGGGUCCCAUUAUUGAUGUACUGCCAGAGAAAGAUGAUGAUGGUGGCUAUUUGAGUGGCGGGUGGAGAAGUGAGGAUGGAAAACUGAGCUGCGGAUAUUCAAGUUUCAGGGGGAAGAGAGUUAGCAUGGAGGAUUUCUAUGAUAUUAAAACAUCCAAGAUUGAUGGGAAAACUGUGUGCCUGUUUGGAAUAUUUGACGGACAUGGUGGUUCUCGUGCUGCUGAGUUUCUGAAGGAACAUCUUUUUGAAAAUCUCAUGAAGCAUCCACAGUUUAUCACUGACACCAAAAUGGCUAUAAGUGAAACGUAUAAACAGACUGAUGCAGAUUUCUUGGAUGCUGAAAAAGAUGCUUACCGGGAUGAUGGUUCAACUGCAUCAACAGCUGUGCUGGUUGGCAACCAUCUUUAUGUAGCCAAUGUGGGAGAUUCACGGGCUGUAAUAUCGAAGGCUGGAAAAGCAAUUCCUCUUUCUGAAGAUCAUAAACCAAACAGAAGUGAUGAGCGGAAGAGAAUUGAAAGUGCUGGAGGUGUUGUGAUGUGGGCUGGCACUUGGAGGGUGGGAGGUGUCUUAGCCAUGUCCCGUGCUUUUGGGAAUCGCUUGUUGAAGCAGUAUGUUGUUGCGGAACCAGAGAUUCAGGAUCAAGAACUUGAUGAAGACGUUGAAUUGCUCGUGCUUGCCAGUGAUGGGCUCUGGGAUGUAGUACCUAACGAGGAUGCUGUUUCGCUUGCCCACACAGAAGAAGAGCCUGAGGCAGCAGCUCGAAAAUUAACGGAAACUGCUUUUACGCGUGGCAGCGCUGACAAUAUCACCUGCAUUGUGGUGAGGUUCUACCGUGAGAGAGCAGAUCCGGCCAGUGUCCAGCAUGAUUAGAAAUAUUGCUUGCUCGUGUAAAAUACCUAAAAAUUAAUUUUAGGCAAAAAGAAGGCAAUUUGUUAAUUCGUUGGUUUGUUCCCUGAUUUGCUCUCUGCUUUCUCCUGUUGUAUGUUUCUGGUAUUUUGCCCAUAUAUGCGUACUGGCACGGUAUUUCCUUUGUCGUAUUCUAAUUCUAAUAAUGAAGUAUGUUUUUUCCCUUUGA